UUAUAAUCUGUGGUUACGUCGUCACGUGCUUUAAAAAUAGCGUCAAUAAGAAUGUAAACAAACAUUUGAAUAUUCAAAAAAAUGUUUUUGAGACAGAAUUUCCUGCCAAAAAACCUCAGGGACACAGCUGUAACAACUUUCACGUUCACAGUAAUUCCGUUGAUGUAUUAUUUUGAACUAUUUGUGGUGUUGCCACGAUACUAUGAGCAAUGGAGUCCAGCCUACAACUUUCAUUUCACCAUUGGAACUUUCAUGUUAUUCAAUAUAUGCUCGAAUUUGGUUGCCAUAAUGCUAUGUGAUACCAGCAUUAAAGGAAGAGUUAUACCGGCAGAAAUAAAUCCCGACUGGAGAUAUUGCACUGUGUGUGAAACGAUAGCUCCUCCAAGAUCAUGGCACUGUGAAAUCUGCAACAUUUGUAUCUUGAAGAAGGACCAUCACUGUAUCUUCACUGGUUGCUGUAUAGGGCACGAUAACCAUAGGUGUUUUGUCAUACUACCACAUAGAUUUGAUGUUGAGAGGGACUGUAACACACGAAAAGAAAGAUAAGCGUAAAUAUGAUAGGGGGAAGUUAGAGAAUACCAAAAGUGUUCUAGGAGAAAGAUGGUAUUUAACAUGGAUUUGUCCAUGGAUUGAAAGCAAAUUGCCUUGUGAUGGAGUGCAUUGGGAUUCUAGUCUUUCUCCAAAAGUCCAGUAAGAUGUCCAAUAUAUACAGAAAUAUUUUGGGAAUUGCCUUGUUCAUUUCUCUGAGAGUACAGUCUGAAGAUCAUCUCACAAAUUUUCUUUUUUAAAUAUAUACCUAGUAUUCCUGUUCUGUAAGUUAUAUAAUAAUUCAUUAUUCAUACUAAUUGCUUGGUCUUUAUAACACAACUACCAAGUGCAACCCAGUUAUUUUAAGUCAUGUUUUCUUCUUUCUUUCAGUUGAGCAUUGUGCAAAGAAUUAAGUAAGGUAUUGUUAUAUCAGCUCACAAUAAUUAAAAGCUCAACUGUGUUUUUCUUGUGAUAUACUGUAUUAAAAAAAUUAUUGAUUAUUGCUUCUAUAAAUGUAUAUUGGGGUUUCCUGUAUUUAAGUAUUUUUCUCUUUCAAAUGUAAGUUCUGGAUCCUCUUUUCUAACAUUUGCACAACAUGUCAAUUAUCAGUAGGAAACUGAUAACUGAAUGUGUAUGUCCACUUAGUUUCAUUCUGAGUUUUGCUAUCUGUACUUACAACUACCAACAUAAUUUAUAUAUGAAUUAAAUAUUUUGUUAAAAUAUCUGUAAGUGGUAUUUACAAAUAUUAACAGGAUACAUGUGUCUUAUGGUGUACAUAUUUUUCUCAUAAUGUAUGUGGUCUUAUGUGUAAAAGCAUUUGAUAAUUGUAUUUUUGAUGUUGAUAAUAAAAUAUUGAGUAGGUACUUUCAAAUAUGUUUAUUUUGUUGUAAAUAUAUAAAAUUUUCGUUAUAAAUGGCACUUAAGUGUAAUGAGAUAGAUGAAAAUGUCAUGUAAUAAAUAACACAUUCCGUUUUGAUAUCUGAGAUAAAAAUAAACGUUUUCCAAUCAAUAUAUGCAAUGCUAUAAAUUUUUAUAAAAUGUCCUAUAAAGGUAACUUAAAAUUAUAACUACUCUGUCACAAAUCACAUCACAAUAGUUUCUGAUUUUAUUCAUGGACUACUUAUAAGGAAAUUGCUUAUUUUACCAUUCUGAACAAUAUCAUAAAACAAAUUGAAGAAUGUACCCCUGCUCGUGUUUUAUUAUCA